UUUUGAAUUUGAAAUGAAAAAAGCAAAAAUUAAUUUCAUUGUUUAGAUGAGUUUGUUCAUGCUCACUAAAGUGAAAUAAAUAUCGGCGGUUCGCGGUUUGAAUACAUGUUUGGAAAAUCGAUGAGUGUUUCUAUUUGAUAGAAAAACUUGUAAAUAAUUUUAUAUUUUUCAUUGUAUUUUGAUUGAAAUAUGGAAAAUAAUGAAAUUGUUUCUAAAGACUGUGGCGAUGCGUUUGGAUUUGCACGUGGUGAACCUCAAGCAAGAUUUGCAAAAAUGCCGGUUGAACGUUAUGCUGCAAAAUAUAAUAUGAAGCAUAAGAAUCGAGGAGUGGCUAUUAUAUUUAAUCAUGAGCAUUUUGAUAUACCGUCAUUGAAAUCCCGUGCUGGCACUAAUGUUGAUUGCGAAAAUUUAUGUUAUACUUUUAAACAACUGUCCUUUGAAGUUCAUGUUUAUAAGGAUAAAAAAUUUAAGGAUAUACAACUUGUGAUUGACCAAAUAGCUAACAAGGAUCAUAGCGAAAACGACUGCAUUAUAAUAACUAUUUUGUCACAUGGUGAAUUCGGAUAUAUAUAUGCUAAAGAUGUACAGUACAAAUUGGAAUCAAUAUGGCAUUAUUUUACCGCUGCCAAUUGUCCUUCGUUGGCAGGUAAGCCAAAAUUGUUUUUUAUUCAAGCCUGCCAAGGUGAACAAUUAGAUUCCGGAAUAACUUUAUCUAAGACUGAAACUGAUGGUAUGAUUGGUGAUAAUAUGAGUUACAGAAUACCGAUUCAUGCUGAUUUUCUAAUAGCAUGUUCAACAGUACCAGGAUUUUAUUCGUGGAGGAAUACAACAAAGGGAUCAUGGUUUAUGCAGUCUUUAUGCGCUGAGUUGAAUUUACAUGGAAAGAAGUACGACAUUUUAACUUUACUUACAUUCGUCUGUCAAAGAGUUGCGUUAGAUUUUGAAUCAAAUACUCCAGACUAUCCAAUAAUGCAUCAGCAGAAGCAAAUCCCAUGUAUAACGACAAUGCUAACAAGAAUAUUACAUUUUGGUGACGACAAAUAAAUACAAAACAAAGCGCAAUAAUAUUACAUUAUCAAAUAAUGUUUUAUAAAAUAAGUAUACAGGUUUACAUUACAUAUCUAAAAUGUAUAUCAAAUAUGAUAAUAAGUUUGUACAAUAUAAAGUAUUUUUUAUAUGGAAUUUCUUAAAUAAAUUUUUUUUAUAUUUGACAUUGAA